CUCACCACAAUAAAUAAUGACUUCUUCAAACUGCUUAGGAGAGUCUUCACGCUCUAUUUUAGACUACUUGAGUGAUACUGGUACAAUAGUUGUUGGUCCUGAUGGUGGCCAUAUAUUAUGCGAUUCACCACUUCCUUCAGAAUUACCACCUUAUACGGGUCCUGACGAGACACACGAAAAGAAACAUACAGUCAACAAGAAAGCACCCGUAGAACGUACAACCAAACCCAGAAGAGUUAUUGGUAACUAUACAUUAAUCAAUACACUGGGCUCUGGUUCUAUGGGUAAAGUACGUUUAGCUGUACAUAACAUCACUGGUGACAAGCUUGCAGUCAAAAUAGUACCUCGGAAACCAUCCAAAGAUCAUAAAAAGAAGGAGAAAGAUGAGAAUAGAGAAAUAAGAACCAUAAGAGAAGCAAGUAUUAUGUUGUUAUUACAUCACCCAUUUAUUGUCAGUCUUAAAGAAAUGGUUGUUUUGGAUCCGUAUUACUAUCUGUUUAUGGAAUAUGUCAAUGGCGGACAAUUGCUGGAUUAUAUUAUAGCCCAUGGGAAGCUCAAGGAAAAGCAAGCGAGAAGAUUUGGACGACAAAUAUUGAGUGCUUUAGACUACUGCCAUAGGAAUUCAAUUGUACACAGAGACCUCAAGAUUGAGAACAUUUUGAUUUCUCAGUCUGGCAAUAUUAAAAUCAUUGAUUUCGGUCUAUCGAAUCUAUUCUCUCCUCGCUCUUCAUUAAGCACUUUUUGUGGAUCAUUGUAUUUUGCUGCACCAGAACUGUUGAAUGCAAAAAACUAUACUGGUCCAGAAGUGGAUAUUUGGAGUUUUGGUGUCGUGUUGUAUGUAUUGGUAUGCGGUAAAGUCCCAUUUGAUGAUCAGAAUAUGGCUGCACUUCACGAAAAGAUCAAACGAGGCGUAGUAGAAUACCCUUCCCAUCUCAGCACAGACUGCAAAAGUGUAUUGUCCCGCAUGCUUGUUAUUAAUCCAACACAUCGAGCCACUGUAUCAGAAGUCAUGAUUCACCCUUGGAUGAACAAAGGAUACGAUGGACCUGUGGACAAUUAUUUGCCUGAAAGAGUGCCGCUCUCUUUACCUAUCGACAUAGAGGUAGUGCGAGGCAUGACAGGGUUUGAGUUUGGCACAGAAGCAGAAAUCAAACAAAAACUAGAGAAAAUUAUUACAUCAGAUGAAUACCAAAAGGCAGCCAAGAUGUUGGUUGAAAGAACAGCUGAAAUCCAACGCCAUCAUCGCCACCAACAUGCUCGCUUUUCACCGCAUGCUAUAGCGAAUAAAAAAGCCUUUGUGCUUUCCAACGAUGACCCUCAGUCCAUACCUGCUGCCUAUCAUCCUCUCGUAUCCAUUUAUUAUCUUGUCAAAGAACGCAUGGAGCGAGAAAAGCGACUUGAGGCAGCAAAACAACAACAACACAAGCCUUGUAUACCCGAUAUUUCUCUUCCCGAGCAUGUUCACCCAGCAUCCAGUACUGGUUUUGAACAAUCACUUUUUGGUGAUCCAGACAUGUUUACCAACCAUGUUUCUAUGGGUGUUGCUUAUGGAAGAAAAGGAAAGAAACAGCUUCUUGUAGAAGACGAAGGACCCUUAGACAGUCCAGAGAAACUACAUGCCAUUGAGAACGGACUGAAUCGAUUGUUUUCCAAAAACUCGCAUCAUCAUAUUCGUUCUUUUUCAGGAGAAGAGGAAGGUUUGACAGGCAUCAAUCGUACAGCAAGUAGAGAAUCUACUUCCGAUAGUCCAAAUGUAUUGCGCCGGUUGAGUUUAGCAUUAACACGCCCAUCCAGUGAGAAGCGAACUCGAAAGCCAAGUAUGACAAUGGAGCCUGUCGUGUCGCCUGUGUCUUCAUCCACAUCAACACCUCUUCAAAUUCCUUCUUCUCGAAGCCCAAGUCCUCAGCCUCGAAAAGAGGGUCCUUCUGAUAUUGAGGUAGCCAAAGCUGCUGCCGCUGCUGCCGUAGCUGCUAACCACAACAACUCGAAUACUUUUGGAAACAAGUUUAGCAAGAUGAUACCAAGAAGAAUGACACUCGGCCAAAACUCGAUGAAUAUUGAGAAUCAUGCAAACUUUCUAAACAUGGUGCAUGGACACCAUCAUCAUCACCAACAUCACCAGCCAGAAGAAGCACGCUUAGCAUCUUCCAAGGGACCUGUCACAUCCUUACCUUCACCCCUAGAUCAAAACUUUAGUCCUCCUUCACUCCCUCCUAAACAAGGCACAGCUGAUGAAAAUAUUAAGCCUGUCUUUUUAAAAGGAUUGUUCUCUGUCACAACCACAACCACGAAACAUCCUUCUGUCAUUCGAGCUGACUUGAUUCUUGUAUUGGAACGAAUUGGUGUAAAAUGGCGUGAAAGCAAAGGCAGAUUUGAGUGUGUUCAUAUACCGAGUAUUGAUUUGAAUCGUGUGGUGGACCAACAUGAAGUAGAAGAAGCGUUGUCUUCUUCUUCUGAAGAUACACCUGCUACUGUGCCUGUGCCUGAUCUUGUUGUUCGAUUUGAAAUCUACAUUGUCAAAGUACCAUGGUUAUUAGGUAUGCAUGGACUUCAGUUCAGAAGAGUGAGUGGAGAUCCUUGGCAAUAUAAGAAUAUGUGUAGCAAGAUUCUAGCUGAACUAAAGUUGUAAUGUUGUAUAUAUAUUUAUACAUUUUUCAUUGUAAAUAGAUAGUCUUUUGACUUGACAUACUUAGUCUCUGUUGUAAAAAGCAACAUUUAUAUAUGUUUAAAGAGUGAUAUAUAUUUACAUUUGUUUGAAAUAAAGUAUUCUAAAAAAAGUGGGGCU